AUGGUCAAAAAUACCAAACCAAGCAAACAACGAGAAAAGGGUAAAAAUAAACAAGAUUCUCGCAAACUGAAUUCUCGACGGACUUCUAAUGCCCCCACUGCACGUAAAUCUCGCGUUUCCCGCUCUUGCAUUUGCUGUAAGGAGAAAGGUAUUUUGCUGCCUUGCAAUAUCUGCUCACAAGCGUAUCAUCUUACCUGCUUAGGGUUAUCUGAAUCAGAGGUAUCAUUCUCGCAUUGGGUAUGUGCUGACUGUACCGAUAAUUUCGAAAAACGCAUCAGAGAAGAAGAGAUAAGACUUGUGAAAAGCCAAAAAACUGAUAAAGAGACGAGAGACAAGAAACUCUAUCAUAAACUUAUGAGGACAGAAGCUGAUACGCUUAUGAAGAGAUUUAAAAAGAAACAUCCUGAUUUGGUGAAAGGAGGGAAAAUCUUUUACCCAAUAAAUGAUACACUUCUGUGGAAAAAUCCUGAAUUGCAUGAGGUCGAGGAAAAUGAUAUGCCAUUACCAAAAGUUUACCACAUACAUCCUGAAGUUCUUGGAGACGUACUUUUUAUUAGCGAUUUUUUGUUCACAUUUAAGGACUUACUUCAGACACAGAAAAUAGGAAUUGAUCUAUUAUACAAUGCAUUGAAUACACAGCAUGAAAACAAAAUUGUCAAGGAAUUACACAUUGGGCUGCUCAGACCACUUGUGGCAAAAAUGAUCAGGAAGGAAAAUUCUGAUAAAAAACUUGAUAGAGGACUGAGCUAUUUGCUAUGCAGAGCACAGAAAAUAGCAAAUUUAGAAGAAAUAAUGGAUUCAUCUUACUUGAUACUUAUGGAAAGUAUAGAAGUUUCCUAUGUUUGGCGCUGUAAGGCCGAUAAAUUCUGAUCGGAAUUUAUCGGUAGGUUGCACCAAAUCAAUACCUUGUCGGACCAAAAAGCGAUUUGGUCCGACGAACUUGGAAAGCUCCUGGGAAAAUGUCUGCGCUUUUAGCGCUAUAUAGAGGAAACCUCUAUAUAUUUUCAUCAGGAUUAUGGAAUGAAUUUAUUGAAGACUCCGAGCAGCUUAUACAGAAAUUCGAAUAUUUUCCCAUUUCAACUACUUAUUACGAAAAAUACACUCUUCAAGAAAAAAUCCAAAUGAUUUCCUUACUUAUCAGCAUGACCCUCGACUCUCUUCAGUUUUAUACUAUUUUACCAUAAAUAGCCCAGUAAUGAUACUAUUUUGCGGUUACCAUUGUAAAAGAUUAUAUCAAGAAAUCACUAAAAGAAUAGAAAAACGAGAAAUUCUUCGCAAAGAAAAAGAUGAUAUUCACAUGCAACUAAAGAGUUUUCAAAAAGGCAAAAAAGGUAGCCUCACCAGUGAAGAAGCUGGAGAAAUCAACGAAAGAUUAGAAGAAAUUUUGGCCGAAAUGAAAGGUAUUAGGACUAGAUCAGAAUGCAUAGGGAAAGAUAGGAAUUAUAGUGAGUAUUACGUAUUUCCUUGAGAAAAGCGAUUUUUGUUUGUGAAGCGCUAUAAGCCAAUCGGAGGCAAAGGAAAAGAGUCUGAAUCUGGGUAUUGGUACUACUAUAAUUCCAAAGAAGAGAUUGAAUCUCUUAAGAAUUGUCUGUGCUUAAAAGGAAUCAGAGAAACCAAGCUCUCAUUUGGCUUAGAAAAAUAUUUAUCAGAAUUAAUUCCUCCGACAAAUCCUGAAGAGUCCACAUCUAGUGAAGCUGAACUUGGAGAAAUUGACAAAAGCGCGCUAUUAGAAAACACAGCAUAUACCCUUGAUAAUUUAAAACAAAAAAUGAAAGAAGCAUAUACUGCCACACUUAACACUUUAGGAAUUGGGAAUUCUGAAGUAAUGGAUCAAAUUGAGGCAUCAAAUACUGUUUUUGACCUAAAAGAAGCUUUUAUUGCUCUAUCAAACUGCACUGGAUCCAUCCCUAAAGAGCCAACAUUUGAAGACGAGCCUGUCAAAAAAUCAAAAAGCGAAGUUUUUAUAUGAGAAGACCAUGGAGAUUUGCUCCAAUUUUGGUCUCAAUAUCUCGUCGGCGUCGAGAAAUCCCAGGAACUUUAUCUAUGCUACCACAUUUUUGCAGCAGUCCUCUACAAAUAUUUAGACACACACAAGCCGGAAAUCCCUCCAGAGGAGACUUCUUACAAUUUGGCAAGAAGAUCUUAUCGACUCGAGCGACUCCGAAAGCUUCACCAAAUAGAAGAAGAAUUCCGCAACCAAGACCAAACCUGCUACGUCUGUGGAGAACCAGGACUUAUGGUAUGCUGUGACGGAUGCCCCAAAGUUGCUCAUCAAGGUUGUGCAGAUCUUGAUGAAAUCCCUGUAGGAGACUGGUUCUGCGCUGAAUGCGUCGAAAAGGCAGAAACUAUGCGCGUUACUCGUCAUAGAGCUAGGCUUACUAAAUGUAGAAAUUAA